ACGAAAAUCGUUUACGAGCAUAUUCGACACCUGACAAAAUAUUUCGUUACUUUGCAACUGUGAAAAUAUCGAGUUUAAUGGGUACGGAAAUAUUCAUGACUCCCGAUGACUUUAUGAGAGCAAUUACUCCUGGCAUGAGGCAACCAGAUGAUCAUAGAAUAUGAAAAUCGCAUGAGGCACUACUCUACACCAGACAAAGUAUUUCGAUAUUUCGCUACCUUACAAGUGGUUAACAACGACAUUCACGAAAUCUUCAUGACACCCGACGACUUCUUGAGAUCUAUAACACCUGGCGCGAAACAACCCGAUGGACUCGGCUUGGAUAAAUAUAAACGCUAUGACCCAAAGAAUAUUCACAACAAACUAGAAUUGGCCUUAGAUGAAGACAGCAUCUUCUACAAACUGGGAAGUGCAGGUUUAAUCACGUUCUCCGAUUACAUAUUUCUCCUCACCGUAUUAUCAACUUCAAGAAGAAAUUUUGAGAUUGCCUUUAGAAUGUUCGAUUUCAAUGGAGAUGGAGAUGUGGAUUCAGAAGAAUUUGGAAAAGUGGCUACUCUGAUCCGACAACAAACCAGUAUUGGGAACAGACAUCGCGACCACAUAGCCACUGGUAACAUGUUUAAGGGUGUCAAUUCUGCAUUAACUACAUACUUCUUCGGAUCAGAUAUGAAAGGAAAGUUGACUAUUGAAAAAUUCCUCGAAUUUCAACAGCAACUACAGCAAGAAAUACUGAGUCUAGAGUUUGAGAGAAGAAAUCCCGAUGAAAAUGGCAAAAUAUCAGAACAGGACUUCACAGAGUUAUUGUUGGCAUAUGCUGGAUAUUCUGAUAAAAAGAAGAAAAAAAUUUUAAAAACUAUUAAAAAGCGUUUUAAGCAGAGUCCACAAGGAAUAACCAAGGAUGAAUAUUUAAAAUUCUUUCACUUCUUAAACAAUAUUAACGAUGUGGACACCGCAUUGACAUUUUAUAAUAUUGCUGGAGCAUCGAUUGAUCAAGCUACACUGAAGCAUGUUGCAAAGACAGUGGCACAUGUGGAUUUGAGCGACCAUAUUAUACAAGUUGUUUACACUAUUUUUGACGAGAACAUGGAUGGCCAAUUAAGCAAUAAGGAAUUCGUUGCUGUUAUGAAAAACAGAGUUUUAAGAGGACUAGAGAAACCAAAGGAUACCGGCUUCGUGAAAUUAAUUGAAUCAAUGGCAAAAUGCUUAAAAACCAGUUAUAACAUGUCUUUCGAUAAUUAAAAUGAACUCAAUUGAAAGUAAUUAUUUAAUCAUACAUAACGCACAUAAAUUGUCUAACCGUAAAUGGCUUACCUCUUUAAACUAAUCGUGCAGAAAUUAUAAAACGA